AUGCAGCGACUUCUGAAGGCUGCCCUAGCUGCUGUGCAGCUGUGUUUGGUGACAAGUGCUCAGCUAAGUGUGAGUCCGUCAUUUUUGUUAGUUGACGAGGACUGGGAACUGUCGAGGACGCUGCCAGUGACGAUUUGUCCCGCAGCAGCGCAAAUAAUCGCAGGCGAUUCUGCACAUUUCUUUUCUGUCGUCAAACUCAAUGCUACAUGUUCCACACUACGGCUAAACAAAGAACUCGACGCUGAUGUGGAAUCUGCCGACGGUUCUCAUGGCGAAUCGUUCUCUCUUGUACUGCAAGGUCCCAGGAGGGCUCGGGCAACUUUGGAGAUCCAAGUUGUGGAUGUAAACGAUAAUCCACCCCAGUUUAUGAAUCCACCUUCUAUGCUUACGAUACCUGAGAAUUCACCCGUUGGUUCGGCUGUCACUAAACUAACAACUCGAGAUGUGGAUACGGGAAUAUCCGGGAUGGCAAGAUUCUCGGUGGAUAACGACUUUUUUACUGUGGACAAGGCCAAAUGUUAUAACAAUGAGUGUCACACAGUUCUACGGCUGGCAAAAACAUUAGAUUUUGAACGCCAGCGGGUACACCACAUCGUCGUAAAAGCCGAAGAUGGUAAUCCUCAUGUGAACCGAACUAAUGUGAUUACACAUGCACUCACUGUUCGGGUUGGCGACGAGAAUGAUGAACCUCCAGUAUUCGUCACCGAUCUUUCCCGAACGAUCCAACUUCCACCCCGAGCCGAUGUUGGCGAUGAAGUGCUCGUAUUGAAGGCUGUUGAUGGAGAUGAGACGUUUGUUAAUGAAACGAAGAUACGGUAUUCCAUGGAACAGAACGAGUUUAUGGCUAUGGAUCCAGAGACAGGCGUUGUACGGCUUUUAAAGAAGCCAAGCGGUGUUAUUGUGGUCAAGGUCAAGGCCAAAGAAGAAAAUACAUCUGGUAUGGAAACUGUACGUGAACUGCGAGUAGAACCUCAUCCUGAACCCACUCCAGAACAGCAGACAUCUGGUCAAUUAUGUGAGGCUAGCGACUACACUGCCAAAAUAACGGAAGGAACAACGCAGUUUCUGCAACCUUUAGAAAUAAAGUUUGUCAAUCCUGUGGAUCCAUCCUCAGUACAAUUAGAAGAUGGCAGCUCUAUCUUUGAUAUCAAGGAACCUAAAGAAAAUAGCAGUAUUACCAUAACUGUUGUCGAUCCUACAAAGCUUGACUUUGAAAAGCAGAAGAUUGUGGAGUUUUAUGUCACUUCUCCUACCGGUCGUUGUCGUGUAAGGGUGGAGGUCCUAGAUGACAAUGACAAUGCUCCAAAGUGCGUACAUGACACAUUCACUUUCUACGUUACUGAGAAUCACAAGCCAGCUGUCUUGGGUGAAGUAAAGGCUACUGACCCCGAUUCAGACCUGUACCUGCCCAUCAAAUAUAGCAUCGGUGGAGAAGGAGCUGGUUUAUUUUCUGUUUCUGAAAGUGGAGAGAUUCGUAACCUGGCACCCAUAGAUCGUGAAAUUCAUGACAAAUUCAACCUAGCUGUGAGAGCUACCGAUGCUGGAGGUAGAUACACCGAUUGCCUAGGCAAGAUAGUUGUGAAGGACAUAAAUGAUAACACUCCAGAAUUUGAACACAAUGAGUAUAUAGUCGAAAUUGACGAAGAGAAAACCGUAAAGCAGAAGCUGGAGGCCACGGACCCAGACAUAGGUGAUAAUGGCCAAAUAGACUACUCAUUGGAAAAUGUUCCCGAGGGCUUGCCCAUAGAUGCUUCCGCUGGGAUCCUCUUCAUUGGGAAACUGGACAGAGAUACUAUGGAGUCUGAUGAGAUCAAAUUCAUCGUGAGAGCUACGGAUCGUGGGGAGCCGCCUAGGAGCUCUACCACGAAUGUCACAAUCAAAGUUUCGGACAUCAAUGACAAUUGGCCUUCGUUCACUAACUCCAAGUACUCUUUAGUGUUGGACGCUAACAUUAGCCCUGGAGGGGUGAUAGGAUCAGUCAAAGCAGACGAUGCAGAUGCUACGUCUCCAAAUAAUCUAGUUCAUUACUUAUCCGAAGAUAAAAGAUUCAAAGUGGUAGAGACAGGAGAGGUCAUUUACAUAGGAGAUGGAGUUCUGAGUAAGGACACCUCGCUGGAGUUUCGUGUUCUUGCCAUAGACGGUGGUGAUCCUCCGCGGAACAGCUCGGCUACGGUAGCCAUAAAUGAACACCGAGCGUCGAUGCAAAGUGAGCACAAGGCGGAGAUCAUGUUAAAUGAGACAGCGCAAGGGACCGAAAUCAAGUGGGCGAACGCUCGUAUGCCUGGGUACACCUACGAGAUUAUGAAAGCCGUCUCGGAAGGUUUUCCCAAUGAAGAAGUUUUGCAAUGGUUGGAUAUCGACAGCACAACAGGCAUGAUUCAUACGAAGAAUAAGCCGAUCCCCGAGAAAGUCAAGCAGAUUCGUUUGUUCAUAAGCAUGAGAAAAGGGAAGCGAGAGGUUCCGGUGGAGCUCAUUAUCAGCGUUGUGGACACUGCGGAUACGUCACCAUUCUUCAACAAGGACAAUUUCAUAGCAGUAAUCUCUGAAGAUGCCCGAGUUGGGACGCGUAUCCUCCAAGUGAAAGCUGAAAGCGAAUCAGCGCUGAAACCUGUAUUUGUCAAUGGCUCCGUAUUUACGGUACAAAUCGACGAAUCUGCGGAAGUGGGUACAGUUCUUAAUCUACCGUAUCCGCUGGCUAGGGAUGGAGAUGUUGGAAACUAUUCGCGAUUGCUCUAUUCGUUAGUAGGCGACGAUGGACAUUUUACCAUAGAUAGAAAGACAUCAAAGAUCAGCGUGUCAUCGAAACUUGAUUAUGAAACGCAACGCUCACAUUCGCUUACAAUACGGUGUGUAGACAAUGCUGGUGAAGAACCCUGCAAUGAAGUUUUCGCUUCGGUUACUGUGCUCGUGCGCGAUGUUAACGAUAACACUCCGAUAGUGCACAAUGCCGACCUCACUCAUCUUACCGUAUCCGAAGACACUCCAGUUGGGACCACUAUCACUGUUGUUAGCACUAGCGAUAUGGAUGAAGGUGGAAAGCAAGAAGUAAAAUUGAGCGUUAAUCACACUCUCUUCCGCAUUGCUGACGAGGGAAAAUUAGUUGUUGCGGAGAAAUUGAAUGGAUAUGCUGGAGAGAGAUUAUGUUCCACUAUUCAAGCCAAAGAUAGCGGAGAUCCCCCUCUGUCUGUGACAUAUCCAUUUUGCGUUACCGUAUAUCCUGCUUCAAACGACCAUUAUAGCCCUCUAAUUGUGUUCCCCAAGCAGAAUUCGAUACAUUACUUUGACGAGAAUGUACAGUAUGAUGAAUUAUUGCGAAUCAAACUGCUGGCUGAAGAACACAUGGGUGAAGUAACGUUCAAAUUUGAUGAAACUUUUAAGAAGGACUGGGAACAUUUCUCACUGAAUGCUUCCGGCUCCCUAUCGGCAAAGGAACAAUUCGACUUUGAGAAAAAACCUGUACAUGAGCUAAAAAUUCUGGCGUGUCGUCAUACGAAUUGCUCUUCGGUACAUGUCUUCAUAUCAGUGAAUGACCGUAACGACAAUUGUCCAAUGUUCCCUAAGCAGGGCUUCCAUUUGACUGUUGUGGAGAACGACCGAUCACCGUUACCGAGACAACUUGGCCGAAUACCAGCAGCUUUAGACGGGGAUUUCCACGCUGAUAAUACCAAGGUUUGCUAUGGUAGCGAAUCGCCACUGUUCUUCUUCCUCGAGCCAACACUGCCAGUACUUUACACCAAUCAGAGCUUCGACCGUGAGCAAAAAGACGAAUAUAAGUUUAGGAUCAUCGCAUAUGAUUGUCACUCGGCUUGUCGUGACCCUCACAAAUCCACCAACGGCACUAUAAUGGGAGUUCUAACAGUGAAAGACGUGAACGAUAAUUUCCCGAAAUUCUCCGAGAAAGCCUACUAUGCUACGGUUAUACAGGGUCACGCAUCUCCUGGAAGCCAUCUGGCACAGGUUACUGCCACCGAUGCCGACGAGGAGGUUGAAGGCUUGCGCUAUGCUAUUUCUGGCUCGAUUAGGACACCAAAACAGAGUUUUUCGCUUGCCGAUUCACCGAUAUCAAUCGAUCCAAAGACAGGAGAAUUGUCAGCAAAUGAGCCAUUGCGAGAAGCGAGCUACUCGUUCACAGUCACUGUUACCGAUGGUGCCAAUCAUGACGAUUCGGCCAGUGUUGUGAUAUCGGUUGUCAGCUAUUCGCAGCAAACAGAGCUUCUCUUCGAUGCUCCAUUUGAGUUCAUUGUCAGAAAUGAGAAGAAUAUUGUGAAGCUGCUCUCCAAUGCCACAUCUUUGACGGCUGUUGUGGAUCGGUGCCGGCAAAAUUUGAAUUUUACUGUAGUCUUGGCACAUUUCCUAGACGAUCAGGGAACAUUUGUUGAAGUCGACACAGCUUUAAGGAGGCUAAUGUCAUCGAACAGUACAGCUAGACGUGAACUGCGCAAUGCUUAUGGUCUUCGAGAGAAAAUACCGUUGACGGUUAGCAGCUUUAUGGGUCUGGAAACAGUUAUUCUGGCUGUGCUGAUCGCUGUAUUCAUUCUGCUUGUGCUGUGUAUUUGUUUGUAUUGUCGGCAACGACACUCCUAUGGACGUAAAUUGCGUCAAAUCACCAAUCAGACUAAUGCUCAUAACGUCUCCAUAAGUCGACAACCAACACAGAAAAUCAACCCUUACUAUGCAACGGAUACGGUAGCGACCACUCCGCGGAUAAUGGCACCGCCACCGCCAUUGCAGUCGACGGAACUAUAAGUGCUCAUUUCUCCUCCAUGUGAUCUACCCCAAUGGCUGCUACGCAAACCCGAAGUGCUCUCUUUCUCCUCUCUGCGUGUGUUUCCAGCAAUAACUGACGAGCUCAUCUAGUCCUUUUUCCAUGUCCUGUAUGUUCCGAUACAGUACGGUAUCGUCACUCACUGCUUAUGCUCAAUACUGGUG